ACCACCUGCAUUUUCACCAUAGCUCCAGUAUAGAAACAAAAAACAAUUACGAGACCUUUGAAACUCUUCAACUGUUCACGUGUUUCCUUCAGAUCCUUAGACCGCCAUGGCAGCAUACUUCUUCGCGUCGCCAGUCGACGUAGACAUCAAGCUAGAGGGCGAGGAUGACCGGAAACAAGUCGAGGUCAAGCUCGAAAAGGAGAAGUCUAUGCGGUGUCCUGUCUAUUAUGACGGCGAGUCCGUCGUCGGUCAGGUUUCUGUCCGUGUCCGUGACGGGAAAAAGAUCUCGCAUGACGGUAUCAAAAUCGAGUUCGUCGGAGCAAUUGAAUUGUUCUAUGACCGGGGUCACCACCAUGAAUUUUUAUCCAUGUCACAAGAGCUAGCCGCUCCAGGAGAGAUGCGACAAGCGCAGACAUACGACUUUGCGUUCAAGAAUGUAGAGAAGCAGUACGAGAGUUACCAAGGAAUCAACGUCAAAUUACGAUACUUCAUACGAGUAACCAUCGCGCGUCGAAUAGCAGAAGUUGUGAAAGAGCGAGACCUCUGGGUACACUCAUAUCGUAUGCCACCAGACACCAACAACUCCAUCAAAAUGGAAGUUGGUAUUGAAGACUGUCUUCAUAUUGAGUUCGAGUACAACAAAUCCAAAUAUCAUCUAAGAGACGUGAUAGUCGGUAGGAUUUUUUUCUUACUCGUCCGGAUCAAAAUCAAACAUAUGGAGCUCUCGAUUAUCCGGCGCGAGACGACUGGGGCGCCACCGAAUCAGUAUAACGAGAGCGAGACGAUCACGAAGUUCGAAAUCAUGGAUGGCGCACCCGUAAAAGGAGAGACAAUCCCAAUACGCUUAUUCCUUGGCGGUUUCGACCUGACACCGACCUUCCGCGAGGUGAACAAGAAGUUCAGCACGAGGUAUUAUCUCAACCUCGUCCUCAUUGACGAAGAGAACCGGCGAUACUUCAAACAACAGGAAAUCACGAUCUUCAGGAUACCUGAGAACUGAUGCCUUUUUAUACGUAUGGAUUAUAGCUUGUACUUAUUUAUGCAUGUUUGUUCUUAAUCUGCAACUGCGCUCUUCGCAAUCCAACUCGAGUUCU